AUGAGGAGAGGCAAGAGUGAGGCAAACACUGAAAAGAAGAAGGAUACUACUCCAAUUGAAUGCAAGGAGGUACCUUAUCCAUUGGUACCCUCCAGGAAAGAUAAAGAGCGACAUUUGGCCAAAUUUCUUGAUAUCUUCAAGAAACUGGAAAUUACUUUGCCAUUUGGAAAAGCACUUCAGCAAAUGCCCCUCUACGCCAAAUAUUUUAUGGAUAUGCUGACAAAGAAGAACCGGUAUAUCCAUAGUGACAGAAUUGUUGUGGAAGAGCUUGAGAUAAUACCUACACGCAUGACCCUUCAGUUAGCUGAUCGCUCCAUCACAAGACCGUAUGGAGUGAUUGAAGAUGUUUUGGUGAAGGUGAAACACCUUAUAUUUCCAGCUGAUUUUGUGGUGAUAGACAUAGAAGAGGAUGCUGAUAUUCCUCUAAUUUUUGGCUUCCCAUUCAUGUCUACUACAAGUUGUGUAGUAUAUAUGGGAAAGAAGAUGUUGCAAAUGGGCAUAGAAGAUCAGAAAAUCAGCUUUGAUCUAUUUCAUGAAGAUAAAGAGCCACCUAACCGGAAUGUCUGUUUUAAAGUUCAUGUGAUGGAGGAAAGAAGACCUAAGAAGAAGGUCCUUGAAGUGGGAACUUUAUUGGAUCCUGGAUAA